CAUCACCAUCAGGAAGAUGCUGGGCAGCAGCAGGUUCACAGUGUAGAACAGAGGUCUGCGUCGGAUCACCACCUGAUCACAUUCAUCAUGAUCAUCAUCAUCAAUAGAGCAGUAAUUAUCAUAAAUUAGUCAUGAACAGACAGGACGUGAAGCAGCUCCCACUCCCCCUGGUUCAUGAAGACACUCUUGUCCACCUUGAGUUCCUCUGCGCUCCUCAUCAGCUUGAGAUCGAUGUCAUUAACUACAGACACAGGAGACAGAGACCAGUGGGUUCAGAUCAAUAGCUCCAGCUGGCCCACAGUAGCAGCAGAGUGCUGGUGUAGACGACCAGGAUGAACAGGUAGACUCGGAAAAGAAGGAUGUCCACCUUGCAGCAGAGGGCCACCCAGUCUGCCUGGGCCAAAUCGUCACUCUCCCCUUCUUGCAGGUAGAGCCGCAAGGCCACCACCUCCUGGAGCAGCCUCUCCAGCCGUGGAGCACUCUCCUGGAGCUCGCUCAGGGACAGUAGGUCCUCCUCUGGAGCCAGGUCAAACUCAUAGCCUGGAGGGACCACAUGAACUAAAUACAAAGCUUCUCAACAACACAUCCUCCCUCUCACCCCCACACUGAUCCACGUCGACCAGCGUUUUGACAGAGGUGAAGUUGCUCUCGAGGAAGGUCUGGCUGGACGAGCCGUACUUGUCGAGGAGGCAGGCGGACACUGACAUCUCCUUGACCUCCUUCUCGUUGUGGUGGAGGAGCUUCACCACAAAGAUGGAGAUGGAUAAAUUCAGCACAAGCAGCGCCAUGCAGACCGCAAAGAACACACCUGUAGGAUGGAGAACACCAAACAUCAACAACACCUGUUAGAGAAGGAAGACAUGUCUCAAGAUGUCUUCAUAAAUAUGUCUCAAGACAUUUCACAAAGCAUUGGCCAUGGCUGGGUAUGAAUGGCAUGCUUGGUGUGUCAAACAAUAUUAGAGAAAGUUCAAAACAAAGAUGAGGAAAGGAGCUGGUGUAGGAUACCUAUGAGUGGUGUUCUGAUGGCGGUGGCAGGCAUCUCGUUCAUCAGGUUGACCCUGAAGACAGUGUAGCCCAGGAGGAUGCUGGUCUUAAAGGUGAUCCGGGUGCCACUGUUGGGCGGCAGAUAGAAGCUGAUGACGUCCACCACCAUGAGGAAGAUGCUGGGGAUGAGCAGACUCACCACGUACAGCAGGGGGCGCCGGCGGAUCAACACCUGACCAGUGGGGGGGAGCAAGAUGGAGAGAGAGAGCGGGAAAGAGUGAGAGCGGAGAAGACUGAGAGCGGGAAAGAGCUAACCUGAGUGAAGCCAGCUGCGGAAGGUCAGAGUGCAGUUCUGCUUAUCGAAAGGGAAGGCGUACAGCUCCAGGUCACAUGCAGACACCACCUGGAUGGGUUUGUUGUUCUUCACCAUCCCGGACGAGUUGACAUACACAUAGGGGAUGGCAGGGGACUCCCCUACAUCCACACUAACAGGGGAAAGAUCACAGACUUAUGGGUCAGCCAGGGGGACAUCAGCCAUGCUGUUGGACUGCUGACCACACAGCCUCCAGAGGAGGGCCAGGGACCGCAGAGACCGCAGACACAGAAGCCAACAGGGAGACUCAGAAAAGGGCUCCACCUAAAGAUGACCAUCAGACAGCCAUCGAGCUCAGCUUGCAAGAAUCCCAGGCAGAGGAGAUAGAGCUCAACAGGGCACUGGAGGACAGGGCUGCACGAGUGAAGAGGAAGUGCUACGAGGCCCAGGGAGAGAGCUGCAGCCCUGCAGACUGGAUCCGCCAGGAUGGGUGGCCUGUGGGCAUCCACAACAUGGGCAACACCUGCUGGUUCAGUGCUGUCAUACAGUCCCUGUUCCACCUGCCCGUGUUCCGCAGAUUGGUACUCAACUACUGCCUGUCUGAGCGAAUCCUGGAGAAGUGUAAGAGCCACUCGGACAAGAGGAACAUAGCCUUCAUGCAGGAGCUGCGCUGUCUCUUUGCUCUCAUGGUGGGCUCCACUCGCAGGUUUGUGGACCCGUCUGCUGCCGUCGAGCUUUUGAGAGAGGCUUUCAGAUCCAGUGAGGCCCAACAGGAUGUGAGUGAGUUCACCCACAAACUCCUUGACUGGCUUGAAGAUGCCUUUCAGCUGGCUGCCAAUGGAAACAGCCUGGAAGAUAAAAAAGAAAAUCCAAUGGUUCAGCUUUUCUAUGGGACGUUUGUGGCAGAGAGAACACAUGAGGGCAAGACCUUAUCCAACAUCGAGCAGUUUGGCCAGUACCCCUUACAAGUGAACGGUUUCAACAACUUGGAGGAAUGUCUGGAAGGUGCCAUGGUAGAGGGGGAGAUUGAAGCCCUCCAUCCGGAUCAAACCAUUUCAUCUGGCAGCAAGAGAUGGUUCUCAAAGUUACCACCAGUGUUGACCUUUGAACUGUCCAGGUUUGAGUUCAACCAGUCGUUAGGACGCCCAGAGAAGAUUCACAAGAAACUGGAGUUCCAAGAAAUGAUUUAUAUGGACAGAUACCUUCACAAGAACAAUGAGCAGACCCACAACAGGAGAGGAGAGGUGAAGCGACUGAAGGAGCAUCUUACGGUCCUGCAGCAGAAACUGGAAUGCUACAGAAGCUAUGGCUCCGGGCCGACAAAUUAUCCCCUGGCAGACAUGUUACAGUACAUGUUGGAGUUCGCCUGCACUAAGCCCACCAGUGUGUCCCCUGCUGAAGACCCGAGGCUGGCUGCCUCUUCCCCCACUCCCCCCAGCAGCAACCCCCAGCACACAGACGCCAACCCUGACGAUACCAGUCAGUGUCAUGAGCCAGGAGACGCAGGCCCGUUCGACAGCUCCACCUGUCAGCAGAAGCACUCCUCGAGCCAGAGGAUGCCCAUCUACAAGCCCUUCACCCAGUGCAGACCCCCCAUGGACGCCCCACCUCAUCCCGCCCCCCACAGUGUGACGGAGGAGGAACUGCGCUUCGUCAAGACCUGCCUGCAGCGCUGGAGGACAGAGAUGGAGAACAACAUGGACGAGCUAAAGGCCAGCAUCGACAGGGUCAGCCAAGCGCUGGAGGGCAUGUACUCGGAUAACCGUCUGUGUCAGGUUCCGUACAGGCUUCACGCUGUCCUUGUCCACGAGGGCCAAGCCUUGGCCGGCCACUACUGGGCCUAUAUCUACGACCACAGCAACCAGUGCUGGAUGAAGUACAACGACGUCAUCGUCAGCGAGUCCUCCUGGGAGGAGCUGGUCAGGGACUCGUACGGAGGCAUGACCAACGCCAGCGCCUAUUGUCUCAUGUAUAUCGACGACAGGCUGCCUCACCUAAUUGCAGAAGACACAGAUGACGAGACGGGCCAGGUCAUGCAGGGCAUGGACUCUCUGCCACCCAUCCUCGGGCGCUACGUGCGCCAGGACAACCACUGGUUCCAGCAAGAGCUCAGGGAGUGGGAAGAGCAGUUAUACCAGCCGCCACAGCAGGAGCCGGCCGCUCCCACUGCAGCCUCCACCUCCACUCGUGUUCCCAGUAAAAAAAAAGACGAGUCAGCAGAACCAGUCCCCCAACCUGGACCUGCCCAGGAACCCACUGGGGAGCAGGGACAGGAACCAGAGGCAGAGUUGGCUGUUAAACUGGCAGUGGAAUCUGAAAAGCUUGUCCCAACAAGCCAGCCCCAGUCCCCAGUACCUGUGUCCCCAGUACCUGUGUCCCUGGAGAACGCUGGCAGCAGCCCAGAGGAGAGCGACCACCAGACUGUCACGCCAGAGCCCUGCCAACAUACCAGCGAGGACAAGGAGGGGCAGCAACACAGUCAAGUGGGCAGGCUCCCCCCACCACAGUCUCCCAGCCCUGCAGCAGAGAUGAAUGGCCAGGCCCAGACUGCAGCUGUGACCCAUGACCCCUCCACAGAGUUCACCACUGAGACCGACAGCGAGACUGGAGUCAGAGAGGCAGGGGCGGAAGCUGCGGCAGCGCCCGACACCCAGGCAGACAGCGAGGAUGGUCAGGACGCCCUGCCGGCGCCUUGUCGCCAGCAGCAGCAACCAGAGAAUGUGGUGGUGGAGAUCCCCAACGUGGGCAGGAUCCCGGUGCAGGCUGACAAUGAUGGCUACAAUGAGGAGAUGAUGCUCACUCCAGCUAUGCAGGGAAUCAUUAUGGCCAUAGCCAAAGCCAGACAGGCAUUCGACAAUGAAGGCCCUGAGGCUGGCCUCAUCAAGGCGUUCCAGGAGGAGUACUCCCGUCUGUUUGAGUUGUCCCAGGAGGAGACCACUGCCCAGCAGGACCCACGCCUGCACCACGCCCUGGUCUACUUCUUCCAGAACAAGGCGCCCAAUCGCGUCAUCGAGAGGACCCUGCUGGAGGGCUUCACCGACCGCAACCUCAGCUUCGACGACAGGUCCAUCAGUAUCAUGAGAGAGGCCCGCGCCAAACUACGCCUCAUCAAGCCAGAGGAUAUGGAUAUGGAGGAAUAUAUGCAAUGGCAUGACGACUACAGCCUGUUCCGGACAGUGUUUGUCUACCUGCUGACGGGCUUGGAACAGUACCAGCAUGGAAAGGUGAGCGAGGCGCUGAAUUACCUCAACCACGCCUACAAAGACAACACCAUGCUACUGAGAAGAGGGGAGAAGAGAGGGGUGGACCAGUCACUUAUUGCACUUUACAGGAGGAGAUGUCUCAAAGAAUUGAAUGACAAUGCGGCCACCCUGUUCAGGAGCAGCGAGGUGAGCGGCGUGGAGGAGGGCAUGAUCAUCAUGAACGAGGCGGUUAUCCCCUGCAUGCACCUGAUGAGCCGGCCGGACAUGAUCAGCCAGGAGGACCUGGACACAAUGGAGGCUAUCCGCAGCCACUGGUGCUCCUACCUGGAAGUGGACCUGGAUGACUCCCUACAGUUAAAGCUGGGUGAGUUUCUGCCCAGGGUUCUGGACUGCUCAACAGAGAGGGUGGUCUUAAAAGAUCCACCAACGGUGCGCUCCAAAGUGCCCCACGACUUGUGCAGCCGCCUGGCCGCCAUCAUGGAGUCUAUCACCAACACCUCCGUGGUCGCUGUCAAAUAAGACCAAGGGGUCAGAGGUCAGCUUCUGAGAUUAAUGGUCAGGACAGGUACGCUAGCUGGCAAUCGCUAACAUUUUAUCCUCAUGUAGAGUUGACAAACACUGGAUUUUUGCAUAGUAGUGCAAAGUAGUUUUUUUAUAUUACUUUUUAAUGUGCUUUUGCCAUAUUUUCUAAAUCAGAACAUUAAGUAGAUUCUGAGUGACUUGAGGCAGAGUUUAUAUGGUCAUAUGAUACUCGCAGACACAUCAAGAGGAGAGAGAGAAAUGUCUAUUAUACAUGAAUAAGGUAUUAUUGCUUUGAACCUAUUUAGGUAUGUUUUAAGAAAGUGAAAACACAAGAAAUAAGAGUAUUUUUUUAAUUGUUUGUUAGAUAUUUUACAUGUACCAUGAUACAUUAGGAUUGCAGUGAACAACAGGCUCUUGAAGAUUUAUUUGUUUAGAAAUUCAGCUUCCUUUGUCUUGUUUUGUAUUUUCCUGUUUAUAUAUGUAAGCCUUUCCUUCCACUCCUGUUUUCCACUUCUUGAAAACUGUGUUGACGCUCAAUAAACUUUUAAACUUUC